UAUUACACGCCUCUUCUCUCUUGAAAGUAGAGAGAGAUUGAGAGAGAACGGAGACGUGACCCGGCGGUGCAACUGAGUUGACUCGCUCACUCCCUCGCCAUGGCUUCCAAGCUCUGCGACUCCUGCAAAUCGGCGACAGCUGCGCUGUUCUGCCGGGCGGACUCCGCCUUCCUCUGCUUCAGCUGUGACGGGAGGAUCCACGCCGCCAACAAGCUCGCCUCCCGCCACGCUCGCGUGGUCGUCUGCGAGGUCUGCGAGCAGUCCCCCGCCCACGUCACCUGCAAGGCCGACGCCGCCUCCCUCUGCCUCUCCUGCGACCGCGACAUCCACUCCGCCAACCCCGUCGCCCAGAAGCACGACCGCUUGCCCGUCACGCCCUUCUACGACUCGGUACGACGACCUUUUACGGAUAUACACAUCGACGAUCAGUCAGGAGCCCCCGGGUGCCGUCUCGGCUUCCUCCUAAAGGGAGAGGACGAUGUCGUCAGCAGGGAGGAGGAGGAGGAGGCGGCAUCGUGGCUGCUGCCCAACCCAAAGGCUGGGGACGAGAGCCCCGGCGUGAACUCAGCUCAGUACCUGUUCGGAGAGGUGGAUCCGUUCCUCGAUGUGGAUUAUGGAUCGGGCGACCCGAAGUUUGAGAUGGGGGAGAGCAACUGCUCCGGAUCUGAUGGAGUCGUGCCUGUCCAGAGAGGUGGCGUCGAAAGCGUUCAUGGCCAGGGUUUCGUGAACGAGGGUGGCUUCGAUCUCGAAUUCACCAAUGUCGCGGCUAAGGGAUCGCAUCAUGGUGGCGACGUAGCUCAUUGCUUGAGCCAUAGUGUGUCAUCCUCGUCUCUAGAUGUGGGAGUGGUGCCCGAUGGGAGCACACUGACUGACAUCUCCAACCCAUACAAAGGUCCCAUGAGUGCCGGGUUCGAUUCAUCCACCAGUCGACCAGUGCAACUGUCUCCGGCCGAUCGAGAGGUAAGGGUUUUGAGAUACAGGGAGAAGAGGAAGAACAGAAAGUUCGAGAAGACCAUCCGAUACGCCUCUCGGAAGGCGUACGCCGAGACGAGGCCACGCAUAAAAGGAAGGUUUGCUAAGCGGACGGAAGUCGAGGCCGAGUCAGAGCGAGUCUUCGGGUUUGGAGUGGUUCCUUCGUUUUGAUAUCACCUUGAGGCAACGGAGAAUAAGGUCACAAAUUUUGCGGGCCUCACGUAAUUCGUGAUUUGUACAUAUAGUAGGGAAUGACGUGCAGAAGUCCGCUGUACUUUUAUCGAUCAAUCGUGCUCGACGAUGUAAUAUACUUCGAGUCUUUAAUAACGAGGCACUGCAAACUUCAUAAAAUCAUUCUUCCAUGUUUCUGAACUA